AUGAGACUGUUUUUUAUUUUGGGGUUAUGCUUCGUUUGCUUUGUUCAAAUGUCGAUGCAAGCAACAGUAGAGGGAAAAAUCGUUCCUAAUAUGGUAAUGAAAAGAUGGAAAGAUCUGCCAUACGAUACGCGUGCAAAACUAAGCUCGAAAACCUCGAUCAAGGACUCACCAGUUCAACGGAAUGGUCAAUUCAGCUUUGCAAAUAUAGAGAGUGGAACAUACCACUUGCGUUUUGAAAGCGUCGAAUAUGAUUUUGCACAGUUCCAUAUCAUCGUAAACGAAUCUCAGGUGCAUGCUUAUUACACGACAGCCGGAGAAGAGAGAUCUUUGACAACCGCCCUGAACAGUGCAUCACAUCCCAUUACUGCUCGCGCCGUGCAAAAGCAUGAAUACUUACAAGGACCGAGAAAAUUCUCUCUAUUUCGUCUUUUAAAGAGUCCAAUGAUGCUGUUGUCCUUAGCGUCUGUCGGCUUGGUUUUCAUUCUUCCCAAAAUGAGCCAGCAAGCUCGAUCCUUGGAGGUUGCUCAGCAAGAACAAGAGGCAGGAGUGACAAAAAAGACUACAUAG